CGUGCUUACAUUUUACAGUCGAAGAUAGAGUGUGUUGCGUGGAACUAAGUGAGUGAAUGGAACAUAUAUUACAGUAUAUUAAUAACAAAAAAACACCAGAAAAUGUGGUUGUUUAAGGAAAUGUGUACAAGUGUAGUGCGUCUUGAUGGCAAAACUGUAGUGAUAACUGGAGCAAAUAGCGGUAUUGGUAAGGAAACUGCCAGAGAUUUUUAUGGAAGAGGCGCUAGAGUAAUUAUGCUCUGCAGAAAUUUGGAACAGGCAAACGAAGCAAUUGAAGAUAUAAAAAAUAAUCCACCUUCAAGAAUUAAUAAGGACAAAUAUCAAAGUAAUGCAGGCCAGCUUGUGACUUAUUCCCUUGAUCUAUCGAGUUUGGAAAACGUGAGAGAGUGCGCUAAAAAUUUACUGAUGAAAGAAGCAUUCAUUCACAUACUUGUAAACAAUGCCGGUGUGGCUAUGCUUCCAUAUGAAAAAACGAAGGAUGGAAUUGAGAUGACGUUUCAAGUAAAUUAUCUUGGACAUUUUCUUUUGACACUUUUAUUGCUGCCAAAAAUGCAAUUGUCUUCUCCUAGCUGCAGAAUAGUCAAUGUAUCAUCAUUUUCUUACAUGUUUGGCGAUAUAUAUUUUGAUGAUAUUAAUCAGGAAAACUCGUAUACAUCUUAUAGAGGUUAUUUCCAAAGUAAAUUGGCAAAUAUAUUGUUUACGAAGGAACUCGCUCAUCGAUUGAAAAAAGCAGAUAUUCAUGGGAUAAACGUAUAUUCUUUGCAUCCUGGUUUGAUACCGACAAAAAUAACACGGAAUUUUAGUAACACCUUAUUUCCAGGUGCAACUUUUAUUUAUAAUUUUUUGACAUGGCUAUUGUUUAAGUCUCCCGAAGAAGGAGCACAAACAACGAUAUAUUGUUCAGUCGAUGAAAAAACGGCUAAUGAAACUGGACUUUAUUAUUCAGAUUGCAAUGUCAACAUUCCACGAUGGAGAGCAAGAGAUGAUCAAUACGCUAAAAACUUAUGGGAUAUAUCCUGCAAGCUUCUGCAUUUAGAGCCAGAAGAAAAUUUGAAUACAUUUUUGCAAACCGUUUCACGUCAAAUGUUGUAAAGAAAUAUCUCUAAAAACUCACCUUUAAAAAAAGGUAAAAAAGGCGACCAG